CAAAAAAAAUAUUUACAUCAUAUUACAACACAUAGCCAUCUUCCUCAAACUGCAAGCUACUUAUUAACUUAAAACCUUGCACAUCGAUAUUUUUUACUUCCAAUUAGUGGUGUAAAUGCUUUAGUAUCGAGAAUAAGAGCUGCAAAGUUGUCCCUGUGUUCAUCAUGAUGCGUUACUGGGGUGAGAUUCCGGGUCCUGCGGGGGCUCCACCGAGCCGCAGCUCCUUUGACCUGCUCCAACGCGAGUUUCGCUCUGUGGAGAUGCAAGACCCUCCUCUACACCAGCCGUCCGCUCAGCGGCCGCGUCCCACCACCAUGCUAGACAUCCCCUCUGAGCCCUGCAGCCUCACCAUCCACACAGUGCAGCUCUGUCAACACACGCGACGCCUACGGGGACUUUUAGCUUUAGCUCAAACUCAGGCUCAGGGUCAAACUUCUGCCUCCUCUGAAGGAAGGUUAGAGGAGACAGACACCAACCUACCUCUGCGAGCACCCACUCCUCCUGCUAUGCCAGAUGACCUGCUGCCUGUGGACAGUAAAGCUCCCCAACAGCCCUUCAACCUCCGGCACAGUGACCCUGAAAGCGACUUCUACAAGGGCAAAGGUGAGCCUGUCUUAGAGCUGAGCUGGCCGUCCUGCAGACAGCUCCUGUAUCAGUCCGUGGCCACAGUCCUGGCCCACGCAGGCUUUGAGUCGGCACAGGAGAGUGUGCUGGAGACACUCACUGACCUGGUUCAUGAACACUACCUCAAGCUCACUCAACUGCUGCGAGUAGCAGUGGACAGAGAGGCUCGACUGGGCGCCACUGCUUUCCCUGAUGUGAUGGAGCAAGUCUUUCAUGAAGUGGGAAUUGGCAGUGUGCUCGCACUGCAGCGUUUCUGGCAAGUGCGGAUAAAGGACUAUCACAGCUACAUGCUACAGUUGAGUAAAGAUUUGUCUGAUGAGUAUGAGCGUCUAGUAAACCCAGAGAAAGCUCAGGAGGACUCCAAACCUCCCAGGAUCAAGGAGGAGCCUAUGAGUGACAUCUCGUUCCCUGUUAGCGAGGAGCCUGAGGCCGACUUGGCGUCUGGAGACCAGGCUCUGCCCAUGGGAGUGCUGGGACCACAUGGAGAGAGACUCACGUCAGGCUUAGACAGUGACCAGUCUCCUCACACCUCAGGUGGGGGAGGCGCCAACAACUCUCCGCUGUGGCCCCAAGUAAAAAUAGAGCCUCAUGACGGUGAUGACGGCCAAGGCUCAAGUCAUCACCAUCACCAUAGUGUCCUAGGAGGAGAUGUGUUUGAAGAGGGUGGUCCCAUGUCCACUAUAAGUGAAUCUGGGGGUGGCAUGCCUCCAUCUCCAGCAGGCGCUGCAUCAGAUGGGAGCUAUGGAUCACAAUCACCAGACUCUCUCAUGGGAGCAUCUCCUGUCUUCAACCAGAGGCCCAGGAAACGCAGGAAGAUGUAAUACUAUGUUUUCUAUAAAAUACAUUAUUUUCAUGGACCUAGAGAUCAGUGAUGCACAGCCAGGAAGUGCUGGACUUAAAGUAGUGGCCAACUUCUUUAGAAUGUUACUUUUGUUGUGUUAGAAGUAUAUUUAAGAUGUCAAAGUUGUUUUACUGAAAUGCCCAAGUAAAAAAAGAUCUUACAGUUAUUAUAUGCUGUCUAAACUUGUCCUAAGUAAGACAUUAAAUUCACACUUAAUGUUACCCAUGUUAGCAAUAGGAGCAAAAACAUAGAUUGAUAGAAAAGUAAGAGUAAAAUUACAGAAAUGUGCAAAACUAUUUCUGAAACAAUGAUGUGUUGCUGUAAGUAUUAUGAUUUGACACCAAAUAUUCAAGCCAAACAUGGCUAAAAACAGAACGAUCACUCCAUCCAAUAUUUGCUCUGCCUCUGAGUGACCAUCUGUUUCUAAUCACUCAUCUUUCAUUCAUGUUUUACUGCUCUUUCCUGAGAGGCUCUAGUCACAGGCCUAAUCUGAGUGACUGUCGGUCUUGGGUUGGAAACACUGCAGGACAGAGACAGAGAUGUAACACCUAUGAACUACCAUUCUAUUCUUGUAAUAUUUAGCGACUGUUUUCAGAUCCACAUAACAGGUGUGCUAAUAAUUUUAGCUACAGUAUUUGGCACGACAAACAAUGAAGCACAAUGAUAAGUCUUUUGUACUAUUUUCGCAUUCAUUUCUAAUCAACCCAAAAUUUCCCAUGAAUACUAAGUGUGGCAAUUUGUAUUAAUUCAUUGUAUUGCCUGAAGAAUAA